AUGUGGAAGCAGCGUCGGAAUGAUCAGCAGUUCAUCCGACCAAUGGCUCUGGGUAUUAUAACCGUGCUGUUUGUUCUUUGUUUAUGGUUUGGUUACCACCACGGCUCCUGUGCGGCGGAAUCUCGUUCAACACAGGCGGAAGCCGCGCGUCGGCUGCUGAGAAAGAAAGAGCUAAAGGAAUGUAGUGAUGAUUGCAACGAACUUACCGAGAAGGUUUUAAGACUUAACACAGAGAUUGGGGCGGUUCUUGCUGAAAGCGCUAAGUUUGAGGAGGAGAUAAAAAAAGUUACUGAGAGGGGUACCGGUGCCGAUAAUGAUAGGGAGAGUUGCCCCGUGUUCCAGGGGGCGGCGGAGCAUACUGGUGGUUCGUCCACAACAUCUGGCGCGGGGCCGAGGUCGGAGAAACCAAUACCUGCAUCAGUCCCUUCGUCACGAGAUUCAAAAGAACGUGUGAGCCCUUUGAAGAAGGCACUAGAUAGCAGCCGACAAAUGUACAAACGUGUGUGUGGUAGGACUCCCGGUUGUACGAUUCUUUCGGAUGAAUCAUUGCUGCAACACCGAGGCGGCCUCAGGGGUUAG